GAAACGGUGCCGGUGAGCGCACGACAGGCUCAGCUGCGUGCGGCUUGCGGUCAGGACCACUUUUAUUUAGUGCACGAGAGGCUGCAGAGGAAACCGGGAGAGCUCCGAUUAAGCAGGACCUGGUGUGCUGUCAGAAGAGGAGAAGAAUUUGUGGAGAAGCCCCCCAGCUCCCCACCUCAUUGGUUCAUCCAGGCAGGAGACGCGAAACCGGCAGCUGCUGAGGAGCCUGGAGGGUCUCAUUAUUCUGGGACAUACCUGUCGAGAUAGGGACGGAGGUUCCCGUAGCUGUGGCUAACCUGCAGCCAUGCAUCACUUAAGGACUACAGUGGCGAGGCUUCGGCCUCUAACGGCUGCACAGACAGCUCAGAGCCUAUCACAGGACAGACUGGUGGCGGUCAAAGGGGGCUCGAGGACAUUUAAGCCCACGAGGCACCUGAACACAUCUGUGGCUGCUGAGCCCUUCCUUAAUGGCACCAGCUCCAACUAUGUAGAGGAGAUGUACUACGCAUGGCUGGAGAAUCCCAAGAAAGUGCACAAGUCUUGGGACACAUUUUUCCGUAAUGCCAAUGCUGGAGCUCCACCUGGCUCAGCCUACCAGAGCCCUCCACCAGUCAGUGGGACCUCUCAGGGACUAGCCAGUGUGCAGGCGCUGGUGAGGGCUCAGCCCAACGUGGAGAAGCUGGUGGAGGAUCAUCUAGCAGUACAAACACUCAUCCGAGCAUACCAGGUACGAGGACAUCACAUAGCGAAGCUGGACCCCCUGGACAUCAGCUGUGUAGACUUUGAUGAUGCCCCGUGCACUGUCGGUUUCCAGAACGUUGGUUUUUACGGGCUGGCUGAAUGUGACUUGGACAAGGUGUUCCGCCUUCCUACCACCACCUUCAUCGGCGGCAAUGAGAGCGCUCUGCCUCUUAGAGAGAUUAUUCACCGCCUUGAGAUGGCCUACUGUCAGCACAUCGGGGUGGAGUUCAUGUUCAUUAAUGACCUGGAGCAGUGCCAGUGGAUCAGACAGAAGUUUGAGACUCCAGGAAUCAUGAAGUUUACUCUGGAGGAGAGGAGGAGGCUGCUGGCUAGAAUGAUCCGGUCCACCAGGUUCGAGGAGUUUCUCCAGAGAAAGUGGUCUUCGGAGAAGCGUUUUGGUUUGGAAGGCUGCGAGUCUCUCAUCCCGGCCCUCAAGACCAUCAUUGACAAGUCCAGUCAGAGCGGAGUGGAGAGUGUUAUCAUGGGGAUGCCUCACAGAGGGAGGCUGAAUGUGCUGGCCAAUGUGAUCCGGAAGGAGCUGGAACAAAUCUUUUGCCAGUUCGACUCCAAGUUGGAGGCUGCAGACGAGGGUUCUGGUGAUGUGAAGUAUCACCUGGGGAUGUAUCACAGGAGGAUGAACCGGGUCAGCGACAAACACAUCACGUUGUCCCUCAUGGCGAACCCGUCCCACCUGGAAGCUGUGGACCCUGUAGUGCAGGGAAAGACUAAAGCCGAGCAGUUCUACUGUGGAGACACUGAGGGCAAGAGGGUGAUGUCGAUUCUGAUUCAUGGCGACGCUGCGUUUGCAGGUCAGGGCGUUGUGUACGAGACAUUCCACCUGUCAGACCUGCCGUCCUACACCACCCAUGGAACCAUACAUGUGGUGGUCAACAACCAGAUUGGUUUCACCACAGAUCCUAGGGUGGCUCGUUCAUCUCCGUACCCCACAGACGUAGCUCGAGUGGUCAACGCGCCUAUCUUCCAUGUCAAUGCAGACGACCCAGAGGCUGUGAUGUAUGUGUGCAACAUAGCAGCUGAAUGGAGGAACACGUUUCACAAAGAUGUUGUCGUAGACCUGGUGUGUUACAGACGUAACGGCCACAAUGAGAUAGAUGAGCCCAUGUUCACGCAGCCGCUGAUGUACAAAAAGAUCAAGAAGCAGAAAGGAGUCCUGCAGAAGUUUGCUGAGAAACUCAUCGCUGAGGGAGUCAUGACAGCACAAGAAUAUGAGGCGGAAAUAACCAGGUACGACAAAAUCUGUGAGGAAGCAUACAAUCGCUCCAAAGAUGAAAAGAUCCUGCACAUCAAACACUGGCUUGACUCACCCUGGCCUGGUUUUUUCACCUUGGAUGGUCAGCCUAAAAGCAUGAGCUGCCCUUCAACUGGCAUCAGCGAAGACGAUCUCAACCACAUUGGAAACAUCGCUGCCUCGGUCCCCUUGGAAGAUUUCACCAUACAUGGAGGUCUGAGUCGCAUCCUGAAGGGUCGAGCGAACAUGGUGAGCCAGCGAGUGUGUGACUGGGCUCUGGGGGAAUACAUGGCGUUUGGCUCUCUGCUCAAAGAGGGAAUCCAUAUACGUCUCAGUGGCCAGGAUGUGGAGAGGGGCACGUUCAGCCACCGACACCACGUUCUUCAUGACCAGAAUGUCGACAAGAGGAUCUGCAUCCCGAUGAACUACAUCUCCCCUGAUCAGGCUCCAUACACUGUCUGCAACAGCUCUCUGUCUGAGUAUGGAGUACUAGGCUUUGAAUUAGGCUUUGCCAUGGCCAGCCCCAACGCCCUGGUCCUAUGGGAGGCCCAGUUUGGAGACUUUCACAACACAGCUCAGUGCAUCAUCGACCAAUUCAUCAGUUCAGGACAGGCCAAGUGGGUCAGACAGAAUGGCAUCGUGCUGCUGCUUCCUCACGGCUUGGAAGGAAUGGGUCCUGAACACUCGUCUGCCCGACCUGAAAGAUUCCUGCAAAUGUGCAAUGAUGACCCAGAUGUUUUCCCUAAAUUGUCAGAAGACUUUGCCAUGCGUCAGCUUUAUGACUGUAACUGGAUCGUUGUUAACUGCUCGACUCCUGCAAACUACUUCCAUGUUCUCCGCAGACAGAUCUUGCAGCCCUUCAGGAAGCCUCUGAUAGUAUUUACUCCAAAGUCACUGCUUCGCCACCCAGAAGCCAAGUCCGGCUUUGAGGAAAUGCUGCCAGGAACCCACUUCAGGCGUCUAAUCCCAGACGACGGGCCGGCAGCUGUCAGCCCAGAAAAAGUAAAGAGAGUCCUUUUCUGCUCUGGCAAGAUUUACUAUGAACUGACCAGGGAACGCAAGAACAGAGGCAUGGACGACACCAUCGCUGUUGUUCGCAUCGAGCAGCUAUCACCAUUUCCCUUCGAUCUACUGAAAGCAGAGACUGAUCGCUACGUAACUGCUGACCUGGUUUGGUGUCAGGAAGAGCACAAGAAUCAGGGUUACUAUGACUACGUCAAGCCCCGCAUCCGAACCACCACCAACCAAACACGCCCCGUCUUGUACGCUGGUCGGGAGCCUGCAGCAGCUCCAGCGACUGGAAACAAGCAAACUCACCUCAUGGAGCUGCAACGUUUACUGGACACCGCCUUCGAUCUGGAGGCUUUCUCAGGGAAAUACUAACAGCUCGUCUUCGUCUCCGUCCACACUGAGCUUCAGGCGCCGACUCGUUUUCCUCAAUAUAUUUACACAUCAGAAUUGUGAACAGGCAUAAUCUCACAACAAAACGCACAAGACUUUUAACACUGUUACCAUGAAGACCUCAGUGUUCACAGUGGUGGACUGAAGUAAUAAACCUGCAAUGAAUGUAUGAAUUUAUAGGAAAUUAACUUUGAAGAGUUUUAUUUUAUUAGUUAAUCUCAACCUGCUCUGCACAUCAAGAAUUUCACAGAAAUGCAAACAUCUGUUUAUUAAAUUCAUGUAUUUAUCUGUCGAAGACUGUUUGCAAAGAGAAAAUAAUGAUGCACAUAUUUCAAGGAAUAGUUAAACAUUGCCAGGAGUUAGAUAGCUACCACUCUCAUAUCAUUGUGUUGGCAUAGAGUCUGAAAAUAAUACGAAAAAAAUACAACUUAUGGCUUUAAAAAAGGGUAAAGUGCAGGAUUAUUGCUUAGCUGGGAUUAUAGGAGCUUUAAAGGUUGGAUGGAGUCACUGCUAGCUCGCUGUUUCUGCCUCUUUCCAGCCUUUAUGUUAAGCUAGGGCUAACUGCCUCAUAUUUAGACAUGGCAGUGGUGUGCAUCAGCUAGAAGGCAAAUGAACACAUAACCCAACAUGUUUAACUAUUCCUUUAAACUUGAUUUUAGUGGUAUGCUUAGCAGUGUGUGCUGUAUUAAAUGCAGUGUGAUGGAGAUAAAAGAACCCAGUAUACUGGUGAUCAUUUAAAAUGUUGAGACCGAGCCGAGAUGCAGUGUGCAACAGAAGCGAGCGAUACCACCUGAAUGUGAAAUGACUCAAAGCUAUGGCACCUUUAUGUUGAACAGUAGAAUAUUUGUUUUGAUGCAAAAUGAAAAACUGAAAGUGUAGAUGUACUAUAAUAAAAUGCAGGCCUCACAGAUGGAA